AUGAUAUAAGAAAAUCAGAUAACAAUAACCUAAAGAAUUCCAUCUCCUCUUUUGAAAAUAAAUAAGGAUUAUAAAUCAUAAUAAUUCUCUUCCCUUAAUACAAGUCAUUAAUCUACUGAUUAAGAAUAAUAAUAUCCUGAAGAAGGUAAAUUAUUAAAUUUUAUCAUGGAACUUGAAGAACUCUAAUAAAAGUCUAUUUUUAAUUUAAAAUUGAAUUCUAUAUCUUUAGAAGAUAUUCAAUAGAAAUGUAUUCACUAUUUUUUUAUUAUUUUAGUACCUAUUAAAGAUGAUCCUAAUAAUUCUUAAUUAAGAAGAUAAUUAUAAUAUAAUAAACAUUAUUAUCAAGAAUUUUAAUACUCACUUAAAUAUGAGAAUGUCUAUCUCGGAAAUAGUCUAUAGAAUCAAAAGAUUUCAUAAUAAUUAAGAAGUAGAAUGAUUGAUUGGAUAAUAGAAGUAUUAGGAAAUUAUACUGAAACUACUACUAAUGUAACAUUUUUUAGAUCUGUUUCUAUUAUGGAUUAUUUCUUAUCUAAAUCUAAUACUUAAUAUUCUGAUUAACAUUUACAUCUAAUUGGAAUAUGUAGUAUGUUUAUAGCCACUAAAUUAGAAGAUAUAUAUCAUAUACCUUUGGAAGAUUUUGUAUAAAGAGUUGGUCAUAAUAAAUAUUCUACGUAAUUAAAAAUAAAUCAUAAUUAGAAAUAAAGUAAAAGGUAUGGAGUAAAUCAUAUUGAAAACAUUGAAUUAUGAAAUUACUUUUCCGACUAUUCUUGAUAGACUUUAUAAUCUUUAUUAUUAAUGUUUCAGUAUAAAUAAGGAGUAAUAAUAAUAAAUCUAUUUAUUUUUAGUACAAAUUUGUAGAACAUAUUAGAUGCAAGUAUUUAUAUUUUAAAAAUGUGUGUUCAUGAUUAUUAAAUGAAUACAUUUAAUGCCAAUACUUUAGUUGCUACAUCAUUCUUUUAUUCUAUAAGGGAUUUUGUUAUUUCAAAAGAUUAUCAAUAUUAAGAUUAAAUAUUAGAUUAAUUUGUAUUUAUUAUCAUCAUUAUUAUUAUAGAUUAAUAGAAUAAUAUAAAUAUCAUAGAUAAAUUAAUUCGAAUUUAAUUAAUGUCAAGGGAAAUUAUCAGAACUAAUAAAUUCAUUUAAAAAAAAAUAUCCAGAUUUAUAGAAUUUGGAUAAGUUUCCUUGA